AUGGAGUGGGUUGGUGUUACACUGAUUAAAAAAGUAGAAUGUCAUCUCUGGACACAUCGACUGAUGAUUCCCCCCAAAAUGAGAACAUUUGCCUGUAGUGACAACUACAGAAUGCUGUCUAGCUACAAGCCUAAAAAUAUCAAGGACUCUUACAGAAUUCUCAAACUUCAGGAAGGAUGUUCCAUUGAUGAUAUAAGAAAUUCCUUUCGAAAUCUUGCCGAACAGUAUCAUCCAGACAGUGGUUCUGUCACAGCUGAUUCUGCAACAUUUAUGCAAAUAGAAGAAGCAUAUAGAACUGUGCUAACUGAUCUGUCCAAGAAAUUGAAAUCAAGGGAAGAUGAGGAGGAAGAGGAAGACAAAUUCAAGUCCAAAACGCCACAACACCGACAUUACUUAAGUUUUGAAGGUGUUGGAUUCGGAACUCCAAGUCAACGAGAGAGACAGUAUAUGCAAUUUUGAGUAGACAGUGCUGCUGACCAAGUCCUGGAAUAUCGAAAGCAGAAACUUGAGAGCCAGUAUACUACAAAUGACAUUAUGAUAGCCAAAGAUGUAAGGCAGAGUAAGAAAGUAAAAAUAACCCAAGCAAUUGAACGCUUGGUUGAAGACCUCAUCCAGGAAUCCAUGGCUAAAGGAGAUUUUGAUAAUCUCAGUGCUAAAGGAAAACCAUUGCAGAAAUUUUCAGACUGUCUGCAUAUUGAUCCUAUGACUCACAACUUGAACAGGAUUCUAAUCGAUAAUGGAUACCAACCAGAAUGGAUCCUGUUGCAGAAAGAAAUACGAGAAACCUUAGAGCAACUAAGAAGGGACAUACUGACAUCUAGGAAAAAACUUGGAGAGCCAAUGACACUGUGCAGACAGAAACAAUGGGAUCACAUUUGUGAACAAUUUAUAGAAGAUAUCAAGAAACUAAACAAAAGAAUUAAUGACUUCAAUUUAAUUGUUCCCAUUCUGAGCAGACAAAUGGUGCAUUUUAGUGCAGACAAAGAAAUUGCACGAGCCCAGAAGACUUACAGGACUCUGAUGGAAGAAAUGAGGACCUCUGACAAAGACCCAAAGGAAAAUGAACAGGAAAAUGUCAAAUUGUUUAGGUUUAAGACUACUUUUUUUAAAUGGAUAAAUCUUAUGUUAAAAUAA